GUGGUGGCGGCCGCGCGGCCGCGGAGCCAGCCCGGGGGGGGGCGAGCGGCGGGGCUCGCUGCUGCUGCCGCCGCCGUCCUCGUCCUCCGCCGCCCCGCCGCCGCCAUUUUGUGAGAGCGGCUCGAGCGGGCGCCAUGUUUGUAAGGAAGAAUUAGGGCAGCCAUCAGCGGCCAGCAGCACCUCCCUUCCCCCGUGUGUGUGUGUCCUCUCCUGUGCCCCGGGCCUGCUCCUCCGAGCCGCCGCCGCCGCUGCCGCCUCCUCCGCCUGCCCGCGCGGGGCGGCCGGGCUCAGCCUGUGCAGCCUCGCCCUGCACUGAGUGCCCGUUAGUGUCUCACUAAGUAACCGUGAGUGAAACCUUCAUCAUCUCUCCUCACUGAGGGACCCGACCCUCCUCCUCACCGAGCCGCCCCCAGAGCGGCUGUGCGCGCCGCCGCCGCCGCCACCACCUCCUCCUCCUCCCUCCGCACCACGGGCAGCGGCAGUGUCCUGCCUGCCUCCACCUCCCUCCUCCUCACCACACCACAGCCAGCACAAUGGCCUUUGAAAGCCUGUUCUCCAAACCCCCAAACCCAGUUCUUGACCCAAACAUGCCCGACUCUGACAGGCAACAUGCAGGGGACGAAAGAGAGGAUGGAGAGCUGGAAGAUGGGGAAAUAGAUGAUGCAGCCUAUGAGGAUGUGAAAGAACAUGGUUCAAAAGGUGAUGAUAAACAGAAGAAUGAGAAAGGACACAGGAAAUCACGGAAGAAACGCAAAAAAGAGAAAGAAAAGAAGAAAUCCAAAAGGAGAAGGCGGGAUAAGCAUAAGCAUAACUCCCCAUCCAGUGAUGACAGCUCCGACUACAGCCAUGAUUCUGACAUUGAGCGUACAGAAAGGCCACAUAAAAAGAGUGGCAGCUCUUCAUACAGAGAUUAUGAUUCCUCAUUCAGUCAGCAUGGACACGUGUCAGGAAACUACAUGAGCUCACAGAAAAUGCAGCAUAAAAAGAAUGUCAAGAGUAAGGACUAUGAUGACUACAGUCACUACAGUGAUGAAAAUUUUGGGAAUUACAAUGAGGAGGAAAAGGAUGAAGAUUUUGCUGAUCAGCUUAAACAGUACAGGCAAGCUAAAGAGACCUCCAGUACUGAUUUGGGACCUCCAUUCCCAAAGGAACCAGUGAAAAAGCAGGGCAUGAAAGGAGUCCAGAAAGGUAUUUCUCAAAGAGGAAAUAAUUACAAUAUUGGUCGAGGGCGUGGGAUGCAAAAGAAACUGAAGCGUAAAGAUCGUGGAAGGGGAAGAGGAGGCAACAAAGGCUCUGAUGGCUUUCAUGAGGAUGGCAAACCAGUGAAGAAGUGGGUGAACAUGAGCCAGGAGUUCAUAAAUCAGCACACAGUGGAACACAAAGGCAAACAGAUCUGUAAAUACUUCCUGGAAGGGAGGUGUAUUAAGGGAGAGCAGUGUAAAUUCGAUCAUGAUGCAGAGAUUGAGAAGAAGAAAGAGAUCUGCAAGUUCUACAUACAGGGUUACUGCACCAAAGGAGAGAACUGCAUUUAUUUGCACAAUGAAUUCCCUUGCAAGUUUUAUCACACAGGAGCAAAGUGCUACCAAGGAGAUAAGUGCAAAUUUUCUCAUGCUCCCCUGACUGCAGAAACAAAAGAGCUGCUGGAUAAGGUUUUGAAUAACGAGGAGGAACCACAAAAUGAAGAUGAGAAAGAGCUGGAGGAGCUCCGAAAGCGUGGCAUAGUUCCUCUCCCUAAGCCUCCACCAGGAGUGGGGCUUCUGCCAACCCCACCAGAGCAAUAUGCCUUUUCUGAGUCUGACAUGGAAAACUACCAGGAUCCAUCAGGGGACUAUAAGAAGAUCCCAUCUCUGUUUGAAAUAGUUGUGAAGCCAACUGUGGAUUUAGCACACAAAAUUGGGAAAAAGCCACCAACCUUCUACAACAGCGCAUCGCCCCCGAGACCACCAUUCCCAGGAAAUGACCCGCAUUCCCAGCACAUGUACAACCCAGGUUCAAGUCCAGGACCAGGACCUGGCAUGUCCCAAGGACAUAACGGGCCACCAAUGCACCCAGGUUCUCCUGGACAUCAUCCAUGUGGAGGGCCCCAAGGCCCAGGCAUGCCGCAGAGUCCUCCCAUGCAGGGUGUUCCACCAGGCUUUCUCGGACCACAGAACCAGAGUGGUAUGCCUAUGCAAGGACAGCAGGGUGGCCCACCUCACACCCCACCAGGUCUUGGUGGAUCUUACAAUGCCCCGGGAGGACAUAUGGUGAACAUGCCAAGAGAGAAUCACUGUCCUCCAGGGCCACAGUACCAGCAGAUGCCUGGAGAGCGGCAGCCCAACAUGAAUUAUGAGCCUAUUCAGAACGCAGCUGACUUCUAUGACAAUUACUAUUCCCACCAAGCUGUACACAACUUCCAGCCAGCCAAUAACUCCGGUGAUGGACAGUGGCAUGGAGAAUUCUCAGAUCACCAGGCUCACCUCAUGGCUCAAGAGUCGCAUCAAGGUGGAAGCGAGUCGGACUGCAUGAGUAGCCACAUGGGCCAUAAGCCAGCCAUUAAUGUACCAGAUUUCCUUCCAGCAAUGCAGAAAGCCCUUUAUGCAAGACUUAGUCAGAAGCAUCAGAGAGAUGGAGACUCUGUCAGCAACCAGGGGCAGAGAGCAAUGAGCAAAGAUGAAGAUGACAACGUCAACUGGUAUUCCAGCAGUGAGGAGGAGGAGGGGAGCAGCGUUAAAUCAAUCCUAAAAACCCUAAAGAAGCAAAGUGAAAACUUCCGGAAUCGGCAGCAACAUUCCGCAGAGCAGCACAUGCUUGGAAUUCCCACUGACCCCCGCCUGGCGAAGGAGAAGGGAGCAGGGCCCCAGGCUGCUGACCCCAGGCUGAGGGCUUCUCCCAGGUCCAACCCACGGAAGCCUUCGGAGUCCGGCUCCCUGGACCCGCGGCUCGUGCGGGAUCCCCGGAUGCACAAGGUCAGUGAAGGUGCUCACGGCAGCUCGGCCCUUGGGGGAGCAAAGCUUGAGCUGCACCACGCUGGGGGCAAGGCCAAGCAGAAGGGGAUGGAUGAUGAUGAAGAGGACUCGGAGAGAGAGCUGCGGGAGCGAGCUUUCCUCAUCCCCUUGGAGCCUUUGCCUGGCGUGACGCUGAGGGACCCGCGAUCCCAGCUCCGGCAGUUCAGCCACAUUAAGAUGGAUGUUACCCUCAUGAAGCCAAACUUUGCUAAGCAUAUUGUAUGGGCACCUGAGGACUUGCUCCCCAUACCUCUGCCUAAGCCUGACCCCGUCUCUUCAAUCAAUUUACCUCUCCCUCCCCUCAUUGCUGACCAGAGACUGAACAAGCUGCGAGGCUUGAAGAGCGAUGCCCAUGCGAGCGCUGCGCCGGCAGACCCGCGCCUGGCUGCCAAGGCAAAGAACAGCCUAGCAGCCCGGGGCAGCUACUUGGAUCCUGCUGCAGAUUCCCAUGCCAGCAGCUCCAGCAAGCUGGGAGAUCCCCGCUUACAAAAGAACGUUGAUCCCAGGCUCCACAGACUGUCGAGUGCAGACACGCAUCAUGGGGUCGCAAAGGACCCCUCACACCCCGCCAAGUUUGACCCCCGCCUCGCCAGGUCUGCUGCUGGCUCCUCACAGCCCCCCGAGGCUGCCACUGCUAAACCUGAGCCGGAUGCUCUGCCUCCCUACGCUCCCAAACUGGCAUCCAGUGGGGGGAGGCUGGGAGCUCCGGGCUCCAUCCUGGGCGGUAUCAGCCUGUAUGACCCACGAGAUCACAGCUCGACGCUGGACGCGGCUCCAGCGGCUUCGGGAGAGAAUGGAGAGAACCAGAAAAAGAGCAUUUUGAAAAAUUCCGGGAAAAAUGAGCCCGGUGCCCCGGAAGAUUCAUCUCUGCAGAAGGAGAAAGCCCCGGAAGGACCCAGCUCCACGGAAGCUGCUCCGGAUAAAGCAAGCAGCAGCAGCAGCAGCAGCAAACCUCAGGCGAAACACUCCAGCGCUGCCCCGGCGGUGCACAACCUGCCCAUCCAGGCCUUGUCGGGGCUCAUCAGACCCCAGUACAGCGACCCCCGGCAGGUCAGGCAGCCUGGGCAGGGAACUCAGCCCCCGGAGCCCGAUCCCGAUGGGGAAUCAGAUGACAAGUCCUUAAAAGAUGUUUUCAAGACUUUUGACCCCACUGCUUCCCCCUUUUGUUAGCGAUCGAGUCUUUUUACCGUUGUGAAUAUUGCAGGUUUCUGCUGUUUUGUAACUGGUUUACCUCUUUGCUUUAUUUAUUUGUAAAUUAUAAUUCUCAACACUUUUCAGCUGCUAAUCUCAGAACCACAUGCAGUCCUCCAGUCCGCUCUAGUGUUUGCAAAGCUGUGGUAUUUUCUAUAGAAAUACUUUUCCAAGUUCAGGGAAGACUAAUAAUUGACAUGUAGAAACCCCCUUCCCCUCCCAUGUAUCGUGUUAGAGCUGAUUCAAGCACUUUCAUUGUAAAUAAGCCAUGAAGAAGCCCCCCUCCGGAGCUGUAUAUGUGUGAGCUGUCUCUUUCAUAAAGGCCAUGUAGAUCUGAUUGCCACAUUUGUAUGAUUGUAUAGACACGAGCAAUAUUAUGUACAUUUACUGUGAGAGGCAAGGAGUGCUUUGACCAGGAUUGCCGGACACAUCAAGCCAAACCCAACGAGUGAUUCCAGACCCCACGGAAACGCUUUCAAGAGGAAAAACUUUGCUCCUCCUUUUCAGAUCAGUACACGUGAGACAUUGUUUUUAUUCACCCACUCGAUAUCCUUAGUGUAAAAGAGACCUAUAUCGCAUAUUGAGGAUGAAAAAUGUCAUAUCUUUUAAAAGUAUUUUAUUCUAUGCUGUAUAUAGAAGAAAUUGUGAAGUACAGAGCUAGAAGGAAGGUCCUGUUCCAAGUGGAGAAUACUUCAGUUGUCUAAUACAGAAAAGGGUUUUAUUUAAGUUUUUUCCACUCCUCCACCCCUCUGAUUAGUGCUCUGAGUUACCUUGUGGUGUUCAUGUAUUUCAAUGUAUUUUUGUAUUCAGCUGCUUAAUUUGUAUUGCUUUUUUUGUAUGGAUGUAACUGCAGUACUUGUAUUCAUGGUGUCUUUAUGACAUUUUUAACAAAACCAUUAAAAAGGGUACAGAUAAA